AUCUGGGUCUUUCUCGUUUUCUCUCUGGAUCUCAAGUAAAGUCAAAUCACUUUUUCUUGUCAUUUCGACCAUAGCUGCUGGUACUGUACACAGUAAAAACGAAACAACGUUUUUCAGGACCAUGGUGCUACAUGAACUACGUAAAAAUAACACAGAAAAAAAACUACACUGGACUACAGGACUGCGUGAAGUGCACAAAACAGUGCGGGUAUUACAAUAAAUAAUAAACAAGACUAGACACAGUAAGGUGUCGGAGCCUUUUCCCAGACGGCAGGAGGGAGAAGAGUUUGUAUGAGGGGUGUGUGGGGUCCUUCAUAAUGCUGUUCACUUUGCGGAUGCAGCGUGUAGUGUAAAUGUCUGUGAAGGCGGGAAGAGAGACCCAGAUGAUCUUCUCAGCUGACCUCACUAUCCGUUGCAGGGUCUCGCGAUCCGAGAUGGUGCGAUUCCUGAACCAGGCAGUGAUGCAGCUGUUCAGGAUGCUCUCAAUACAACCCCCGUAGAAUGUGAUGAGGAUGGGAGGGGGGGGGAGAUGGACUUUACUCAGCCUUCGCAGAAAGCUUACUCGCUGUCUAUCUCCAAGUUGCAUGCCAUCUUGGACAAUGUCUCCCAUCCACUCCAUAAUGAACUGGUUAGGCACAGGAGUACGUUCGGCCAGAGACUCAUUCCACCGAGAUGUAACACUGAGCAUCAUAGGAAGUCAUUCCUGCCUGUGGCCAUCAAACUUUACAACUCCUCCCUCGGAGUGUCAGACACCCUGAGCCAAUAGUUGGUCCUGGACCUAUUUCCACUUGGCAUGAUUAACUUAUAUUAUUUAUGGUUUAUAUUGCUAUAUUUUUUAACUAUUCUUGGUUGGUGCAGCUGUAACGAAACCCAAUUUCCCCUCGGGAUCGAUAAAGUACGUCUGUCUGUCUGUCAGUGUCUCAUUUUCUCUCUCUGUCUCAUUUGCUGUCUCUCCAUCUCUCUCUCAUCUUUUCUCUCUCUAUCUCUGUAUGUGUCUCUAUUUUCCAUCUCUCGCUCGCUCCCUCGCUAUCUAUCUCUCUGUGUCUGGCUCGCACUCUCUGUCUGUGUGUGUCUCUUUCAUGACUAAGGGAUUGAAAAGGAUCCAGCAGAUGAGGAACAGAUGCGUCAAUGCGUAAUUCCUGUAUCUUGUUGGAAAUGUUGUCUUCACUACAAAACAGUUGGAAAUCAUUCCUUUACGACUCCGAACAUACAAGAAGUGCUUUGCCAUUGCCUCCUUCUGGGCCGUGUCUUUACAAGACGGGUGACCCCAGCCGUUAUCAAUACUGGUCAGAGAUUGUCUGCCUGGCGUCAGUGGUCACAUAGCCAGGACUUGUGAUCUGCACCGGCUGCUCGUACGACCGUCCACCACCUGCCCCCACGGCUUCACCUCACCCUGAUCGGGGGUGAAGCAGGAGCUACACCUUGCCCGAGGGUGACCCACAGGACAGCGGAGGGAAGGAGCCCCUCACACCUCCUCUGGUAGAGACACAUCUCCACCUCGCCCGAGGGAGACCUGCAGGCCGGCGGGGGGAAGGAGCCCCUCACACCUCCUCUGGUAGAGACACAUCUCCACCUCGCCCGAGGGUGACCCGCAGGCCAGCGGAGGGAAGGAGCCCCUCACACCUCCUCUGGUAGAAACGUGUCCCCACCACACCAGCGGUACAGUAGGCUGCUAUUGGCGGUGUCAGAAAUGGUGUACCCUACCCCGCCUCCUCCAGAGAGAACGGCCCCACCCCUCGUCCUCUGGAGAGAAUGGCCCUACCCCUCCUCCUCCGGAGAGAACGGCCCCACCCCUCCUUCUCCGGAGAGAACGGCCCCACCCCUCGUCCUCCGGGGAGAGCAGCCCCACCCCUCCUCCACCGGGGAGAACGGCCCCACCCCUCGUCCUCCGGGGAGAGCAGCCCCACCCCUCGUCCUCCGGGGAGAGCGCCCCAACCCCUCGUCCUCCGGGGAGAGCAGCCCCACCCCUCGCCCUCUGGAGAGAGCAGCCCCACCCCUCGUCCUCCGGGGAGAACGGCCCCACCCCUCCUCCUCCGGAGAGAACGGCCCCACCCCUCGUCCUCCGGGGAGAGCAGCCCCACCCCUCCUCCACCGGGGAGAACGGCCCCACCCCUCGUCCUCCGGGGAGAGCAGCCCCACCCCUCGUCCUCCGGGGAGAGCGCCCCAACCCCUCGUCCUCCGGGGAGAGCAGCCCCACCCCUCGCCCUCUGGAGAGAGCGGCCCCACCCCUCGUCCUCCGGGGAGAACGGCCCCACCCCUCCUCCUCCGGGGAGAACGGCCACACCCCUCCUCCUCCGGGGAGAACGGCUACACCCCUCGUCCUCCGGGGAGAGAACGGCCCUACCCCUCCUCCUCCGGAGAGAACGGCCCCACCCCUCGUCCACCGGGGAGAGCAGCCCCACCCCUCGUCCUCCGGGGAGAGCAGCCCCACCCCUCGUCCUCCGGGGAGAGCGGUCCAACCCCUCGUCCUCCGGGGAGAGCAGCCCCACCCCUCAUCCUCCGGGGAGAGCGGCCCAACCCCUCGUCCUCCGGAGAGAACGGCCCAACCCCUCGUCCUCCGGAGAGAACGGCCCCACCCCUCCUCCUCCGGGGAGAACGGCCACACCCCUCGUCCUCCGGGGAGAGCAGCCCCACCCCUCGUCCUCCGGGGAGAGAACGGCCCCACCCCUCGUCCUCCGGGGAGAGCAGCCCCACCCCUCGUCCUCCGGGGAGAGCGGCCCAACCCCUCGCCCUCUGGAGAGAACGGCCCCACCCCUCGUCCUCCGGAGAGAACGGCCCCACCCCUCCUCCUCUGGGGAGAACAGCCCCACCCCUCGUCCUCCGGAGAGAACGGCCCCACCCCUCCUCCUCCGGGGAGAACAGCCCCACCCCUCGUCCUCCGGAGAGAACGGCCCCACCCCUCCUCCUCCGGGGAGAACAGCCCCACCCCUCGUCCACCGGAGAGAACGGCCCCACCCCUCCUCCUCCGGGGAGAACAGCCCCACCCCUCCUCCCCUGGAGAGAGCGGCCCUACCCCUCCUCCUCCGGAGAGAACGGCCCCACCCCUCGUCCUCUGGAGAGAACGGCCCCACCCCUCGUCCUCCGGAGAGAACGGCCCCACUCCUCGUCCUCCGGAGAGAACGGCCCCACUCCUCGUCCUCUGGAGAAAGCCGCCCCACCCCUCGUCCUCCGGAGAGAACGGCCCUACCUCACGCCCUCCGGAGGCAGUGGCCCUACCUCGCGUCCUCAUGGUCUGUAAUCCAGGCAACAUCCUGGUUAAUCUCCUCUCUAAAACCUUCACCUUCUCCCCAUAAGGAGGCGUCCAGUACGGUCGAAAUUCAUUGAAAGUGUUGUCACCGUGAAAGCUUUAGGCACAUUGACCUUAAUAAAUCAAAGUA